AUGAAGCCCAACCGCCACUCUGGUCGUGGUCUCGGCGUACUUGCGACGCUAAUCGUUCUUUUUUCAACCAUACACUCUGCCACCGCGGUAGAAUGUUGGGGUGGCCUGUCAGAGUAUCCUAACGUGUUUGUCAUUAAUAUCGGCCGCUCGCAUUCGACUGUUGGAGCUGCGUGGCCUGGUCUCAGAAGGAUACCGGACGGAAACACAAGUUUGUGUCAUGCGAUGGAGAACUCGGGAAUGCAAGCGCUAAUUCAUUACCAGAGUGGACGUCCUUCCCAGACGACACAACUUUACCUGAUUUCUUUCUAUCUGGACAGGAACCAAGUUUACGGAGUGCUCUAUUUGAUUCAAGGUACUGUUUGUCCCGAGAAGCGGUUCAGAUAUUGA